AUGGAAGAUUUCUCCGCCUUGCCCGAUUUUGAUUCCCUGCCGUAUUCCCCAGAUGGCAGUCUCCCAGGCUGUGCAUGGAAAUUAUUCGAUCACAAUAGGCAGGCGGAUCAGCUCGGGACCUUGAAUCUGCUGACCCAAGACAAGGUUCUGGAUGCAGCAAGACGUAAAUCCAAUGUGCGAAGCACGUUGCAACACCGGAUUCUCGAUCUCAGUUCCAGCGGAAUGUAUGCCAGCGACGAGCACGUUAGCUUCUGUCCGCAGCAUGGAUCCCACUGGGACACUCCACUGCAUUUUGCACAUCAGAAAAGCAAGAAAUACUACAAUGGACUCGGCCACCAGGGAUUCCACUCGCAGAAUGCCCUUCAUCAAGGUACGAGAUUAUGGAGUGCUCGUGGUGGAAUCUGCGGACGCGGUGUCCUGUUGGACUGGGCCGCCUGGGCUGCCGAACACAACGUUCCAUACCAUCCGAUCGGAAAUCACAAAAUCACCGUCGCACAGCUCGAAGAGGUCGCCAACUGGCAAAAGACAACAUUGAGUCCGGGCGACAUUCUUUUCCUUCGCACAGGCUUUGUGUCAUGGUGCAACACCGCAGCGACGGAUGACGAGAAUCGACGAAGAAUGCUGGAGCGAGCAGAGUACUCGGGCGUCGAGGCUUCGAUCGAGUCAUGCAGGUGGCAUUGGAACCAUCACUUCUCCGCCGUUGUGUCGGACACCAUCACGUAUGAAGCGUGGCCGACCGGCGAAAUUGUGCUUCACGAGUACUUUCUGGCCAUGUGGGGGAUGCCCAUCGGAAAGCUGUGGGAUCUGGAGAAGUUGUCAGAGGUCUGCAGAAGCCGGCAAAGAUGGUCCUUUUUCCUGACCAGUGCCCCCCUGAAUGUGGCCUCCGCGGUUGGGUCACCACCCAAUGCCCUGGCCAUAUUUUGA